GCUUCUGUUCGCCUCCGAUAAGAAUGCAUUAAUCAGCCGUCUUUCUGGCCGAGGUCGCGUAAUCCCGUGACCGGACAAACGCCGACGGCUAUUGGUAUUGCUCGUAUUUACCGGGAAAGUCGGUAAUUUCGUGACGGCCGCGGGGCAGUCGCCGGUCCGGGGUUGGCGGUCAGUCUAGCGUGGUCGAUUGUCGGGCAGAUUCCCCGCCCUUUCACCGCCUUUGCGUCAUCGUCUACGGGUUUGAGCACGAACAGCCCUUGUGUCUUAGCCCAAGAACCUGCCAACUACACCCUCACAAUGACCUUCACUCUCCCCGAACCCUUCGCCAAGAUCCCCCGCCAUCCCCUCCUCUACUCCCACCCCUCUCCAAUCCACCCCCUCCCAACGCUAACCACGCUCCUCACCCGCACCCGCCAACACCAACCUCCGAGCCCGCGAAUCUCCCUGUACGCCAAACGCGAAGACCAAAGCUCCCCACUGGCCAGCUCCGGCAACAAAUACCGCAAACUCGAAUACCUGGUGCCUCACAUCCGACAACACAUCCACCAGCCCGACGGCACCGACCUCCCCCUCCCCUCUCAUAAGAAACCCACCACGCUCGUCACCGAAGGCGCCGUCCAAAGUAACCAUACCGUGCAAGUCGCCACGCUAGCGAACCACCUUGGUCUGGACGCUGUGGUGAUCCUGCAUAAGAAUACAGGCGGCGGGCUAUCUGCGACGACGGACCCCGUUGCGUACUUGCGGACGGGGAACGUGCAGAUUGAUCGGCUGCUAGGCGCGGAGGUGCGGUUGCUCGGGUCGGAUAAUGUUGCGGAUGACAGGUCGGAUCCGAUCGCGCCUAUUAUGAAGGAGCUGUGGGCGCAAGGGAAAGUGCCGUAUUGGAUUCCUUCCGGGGCGAGUUUGCAUCCGCUUGGUGGGUUGGGAUAUGCGAGGUGUGCGUUUGAGAUUGCGGCGCAGGAGAAGGAGCACCUUGGGACUGGGGAGCGGUUUGAUUAUGUUUUCGUGGCGUGUGGAAGUGGGAGUACGGUGGCUGGGUUGGUUGCUGGGUUUAAGUUGGUGGAGAAGCUGGAGGAGGAGGAGGCACGGCGCACGGAUGGAUCGGUUCCCGGAGGGAGGAAGAGGAAGGUCAUUGGGAUUUUGAAUUCGCCGACGAAACCGCGCGAGUACCAUGAGGAGAGGGUGUUGCGGUUUGCGCGGCGUGCGGCGGUCCAGAUUGGGUUGGAUGAGACGGAUAUCAACGCGGACGAUGUCCGGUUAGAUGAUCGGUUUACUGGCACGGGGUAUGGCGUGUUAGAUCCUAAGAGUAAGGAGACGUUGGCGUGGAUGGCACAGCGCGAGGGCUUGCUCCUUGACCCUGUCUAUACAGCCAAGGUGGCAACGGGCAUGGCACAUUGGGUACAACAGGGAGACUUGGUCAAGGACUGGGCGAGUCAUCCUGGGGAUCACCCUCAGAUCAGGGCCCUUUUCAUUCAUACGGGUGGCCAGUCGGCCCUGGGGGCUUACGCUGACAUUGAAUGA